AUGUCAUUAGCAGUUGUACAACAAUUAUAUAAUCUAUCAGUUGAUCCAGAUCAUAGAGAGAUGAUCGUCAAGGAUCAAGGAUGUCUACCGGCUUUGGUGUUGUUCCUCUCGUCUACGGAGGAGGGUGUCGCCAAGACAUCGAUUGACACGCUCGAGUUGCUCUCACAGAACCAAGCCAACAAAGAUCACAUGCUUCGCGAACCAGCUCUACUCUCAUCACUGAAAUCUCUACAAGAAAAAAUAGAAUAUAAAGAUACAAUUUUAAAGAUUAUAAACAGAUUAGAAGUAACAACAAAUGAUAAUAUAAAUAAUAACAGCAAGAGCAAUAAUAUCAAUUUGAAUAAUAAUAUAAAUAAUUUCACAACAACACCAUCAAAUAAACCUGCCACAUCAUUUUCAGUUUUGGUGGGUGAUAAAUUUGGAACUGGUGGUUCGAAAGUUGCUACCAAUAGCAAUGCCAAUGCCAAAACAAUCAUUUUGUUCAUCAAGGGAAUGAACAACGAGUCGUCAAAGAAGCAGGUCGAGGACUGUCUGUUGCGUACCAAGGGUGUUAUCUCGUUCAUGAUCGACCUCAACACCUACCAGGCCACCAUUCGUUGUACUAUCACCGCCGAUGAGAUCAAAGCGGUGCUUCGUUACCAACUCGGUCUCUCGGCAUCGCUGAUGAUCGAUGGUCGCGAAGAAGUAGACAACUCACCCGACUAUCUCCCAGAGGACAACCCGGCAUUUGCCAACCAGCCAAAGAGAUCUGCAUGGGGAUGGAACUCCAUUGUCUCAUUCGGUAUCUCCAACGACACCAACAACAACAAACAACCACAAGGAAACUGGGGUUGGGGUUCCAUUUCCAAAGCACUGUUUGGUUAG